UUGCUCUGCACUGACGCAAACUCCGGUCUUUCCCACGGAGCUAUAGAAAAGCUUUGCACUUGGUGCUUUGCGCGGCAACAACCAGUCCGCUCCCAGUCCUCUCUCUGUCUUUAUACAGCUGCUCCCAGCCUGCCAGCAGACAUCUGCACACAAUGGAUUUCUCUGACCAGAGAGAAAUGGCCAAACAGCCGGCCAGCGCCAGCGCUCCCACCGGCUACAUCCCGGCGCAGCAGCCCGACGGAGCUGCGGGACUUACAACAAACAAACCGGACAACACGGCCGCGUGCCCGCCGCCCGCCCCUCGCCAUCACCCGGCGCCUCAGCCGCCGCCUCCCUGCAACGAGAGCAAAACUUUUUGUCCCACGGAAAAUAAACCGGGAGAUCUGGACAGCAAUAAAGCCUAUGGGACGUUUAAAAGCACCCCGCCGGCGGCCCCCGGAUCCGUGGCCGUCAACUCGGCCUUCAGGAAGGAUUCCACCGGCUCGGCCCGCGGGGGGUCCGCCCCGUACGGCGACCCGCUCCGGGCCACUGCAGAGCAGAACAACACCGCGGGCAACUGGACGGCUAUGAGCCAGACCACCAUCAUACUGGGAACAGAUGGGAACACGUCUGUUCAGCCCGGCACCGUGGCGGGGGCUGACGAUGAUGACGAGGUGGGAGAUGAGAAUAAGGCCAGAGGAAACUGGUCCAAUAAACUGGAUUUUAUUCUGUCCAUGGUGGGCUAUGCGGUGGGACUGGGGAACGUGUGGAGGUUCCCUUAUCUUGCCUUCCAAAAUGGUGGAGGAGCUUUUUUGAUCCCCUACCUGACAAUGCUGGGCAUUGCCGGCAUCCCAAUCUUUUUGCUGGAGGUGUCCCUGGGCCAGUUCGCCAGCCAGGGGCCCGUGUCCGUGUGGAAAUGCAUCCCAGCUCUGCAAGGUUGCGGGAUUGCCAUGUUGAUAAUAUCUGUCUUGAUAGCCAUAUACUAUAAUAUUAUAAUGUGCUGGACACUGUACUACCUGUUCGCUUCGUUGAAGGGCUCACUACCAUGGGCUAACUGUAGGAAUGAGUGGAACACGGUGGAAUGUAAGGACAAAGACAUGCUGCUGUUAGACGCGUGCAUCCUGCGGGACAGAAACAUCACCUCCAUCAAGAACUCCAGUUUCUGUCUGUCCGCAAACGCUGUGGGAAACCUGAGCAAACUGAUAAACAUGACUGUGGACGGCAACAAGACCUACGUCAGCCCCAGCGAGGAGUACUUCAAGUACAAUGUGUUGCACAUCUCCAAAGGAAUCGAAUAUCCAGGAGACAUCCGCUGGCCUCUGGCAGGCUGUCUGCUGCUGGCCUGGAUCAUCGUCUACGCCUCUUUAGCCAAAGGAAUCAAGUCAUCAGGAAAGGUGGUGUAUUUCACAGCCACAUUUCCCUACGUGGUGCUGGUCAUCCUGCUCAUCAGAGGAGUGACCCUUCCCGGUGCCUUCGACGGCAUCCUUUACUUUAUCACACCAAAGUGGGAGAAACUGAACGAUGCAAAGGUGUGGAAAGACGCAGCCACUCAGAUCUUCUUCUCUCUGUCGGCUGCUUGGGGAGGCCUCAUCACUCUCUCCUCAUACAAUAAGUUCCACAAUAACUGCUACAGGGAUACUAUUAUUGUGACAUGUACAAACAGUGCCACCAGUAUAUUUGCGGGGUUUGUCAUCUUCUCGGUCAUUGGUUUCAUGGCACAUGAGUUGAAAGUGCCGAUAGAGAAGGUGGCAGAUGAAGGUCCAGGCAUAGCGUUCGUGGUGUAUCCAGAGGCUCUGACCAGACUUCCACUGUCUCCUUUCUGGGCGAUCAUCUUCUUCCUCAUGCUUCUGACUCUUGGCCUGGAUACCAUGUUUGCCACCAUUGAGACCAUCGUAACCUCAGUGUCGGACGAGUUCCCCAAAUACUUGAGGAAACACAAACCGCUCUUCACCCUGGUCUGCUGCAUCUCCUUCUUCAUCCUGGGAUUUCCCAUGAUCACAGAGAGCGGGAUGUUCAUGCUGCAGCUGGUGGACACAUUUGCAGCCUCCUACUCUUUGGUCAUCAUUGCGAUUUUCGAGCUGGUGGGGAUUUCCUACCUCUAUGGUCUGCAGAGGUUUUGCGAGGACAUUGAAAUGAUGAUUGGUUUCCAGCCAAACCGAUUCUGGAGAAUCUGCUGGGCCUUUGUGACUCCAACCAUUCUGACGGGCAUCCUGGGACUGAGUCUGUACCAGUGGAAGGUAAUGACGUACGAGGAUUACACCUACCCCACCUGGUCUAUGGUUCUGGGCUGGCUCAUGGUCAUCUGCUCCGUCAUCUGGAUCCCCAUCAUGUUCGCCAUUAAGAUGCACCUCGCCCCCGGCACCUUAAUCGAGCGUCUGAAGCUGGUAUGCUCCCCUCAGCCAGAUUGGGGUCCCUUCCUGAUGAAGCACCGCGGAGAACGCUACAAGAACAUGAUCGACCCCUUGGGAACCAACUCCCUGGGCCUCAAACUGCCCCCCAAGGACUUCCAGCUUGGCUCCUACCAGUAGCAGGUGCCAGGACAGCACCACACUCACCAACUCCAACCCCUGCAGGGGGGCACUGGGAGGAGGGCAACCUCCACCUCUUCUUUUCCCUCCUCCUCUUCCUCCUCUCUCUCUUUCUCCUGUCUGUGCAUCACCCUCUUUGCUUCCUGUCUCUCUCCCUGUAUCGUGGAUGUGGAAACAGACUCCCCUUUCCUCUUCCUUCUCUUCUUCCUCACCACUUCCUCUCUUCUCUCACGGAGGAGUGGAUGCCCAGGUGGAGUCUACUCCUCCACUGCUGCUUCGGUUAACGGGCUAUCAUCGCCCCCCCCACACAUGACCACUGAUUACUUCAGAACCCUUCCCAGGGAUCUUUAUUCCAAGAGAAAAUUGUGUCAUAAAAUGACACAGCUCAGACUGCACUUGCAAUAUUAGACUCAACCAUAGCUGCUCCCUAUGGAGUUGUGUGUGUGUGUGUGUGUGUGUGUGUACGUGCGUUUGUGUGUGCGUGUGCCGUCAUAUUUGUGUGUAGAGAUAAUGAAUCAUCUCGGUGCAAGCAGACACAGGAAAACAAAAAGAAAACUGAGCGACAGAGAAGCAGCGGUUCAACAAGCUCGGCGGGGAUCUGUGUUUUGUUCCAUCUGCGUACAAAUUUCCAGUGGCAAUACAAAUAAUAUCAACUGCCUCUGGAAGGAAAAAAAAAGCAAAAAAAAAAAAAAAAAAAAAAAGCACUGGUAUCACAUUUUGUUCCUAUCCAGCAGUAUAUAUGUAUAUUCACACUAGCUACACUGCUCAGUUGCUUUUGCUUUGUCAAAAAUAGAUUACACGAUCUGCAAUUUGUGCCUCUUACGUCCCAAUAGAGUAGCAAACGCAUCCUGAUGACCACUUACAGUAGAUACACUCUGGCCUGAAUGACUCUGCAGUACGUUAGAAGCUUGGGUCUAUUUUUCUCUCUGAACCUGAGGGACCAUUUGUGAUACCCUCUCUCUUUGUCUAUUUAUUAAAUCGUAUUCCUGUUCUCCUCUAUUGUAUUAUCCUAGAAAUUAAAGGACACAUUCCUAACGUAGGAAACCACUAGACUAGUCAAUCCUUCCUUUAGCAACGUGGCCAUUUAACCUUUUUAAGUCCGGGAAACCUGACCUGAUAGUCACUCUGUGCAUAUAUUUUAGACGUUGUAUUUAUCUCUGUAUGUGUUGUGAACUUGUCAAAGCAUCUGUGGAAACCAUCUUUACAAAGUGCAUCACAUCAGUAGAGUAACAGUAUAAAAUAUAUAAAUAUAUAUAUACAUAUACAGUUAUAUAUGUAAAGCCUCCAGCUGAGGAGAGAUCGCGCAAGACAGAGAAUGAGUGUGAGUGUGUUCAUGUCUCUCUGAACCCCAUGUUUCUCCUGCUAGCUGUGUAAAAUCUUGUACAAAGUGUACACUUCUUAAAAAAAAAAAAAAGUUCAAGUAGUAAGUGUGUGUGUGUUGUCGCGUCCUCACAUGUUAGGAGCAGCUGCUAUGUGUGAGUAGAUGAAGAUUAGAUUAGAAAAUGGCCUCCUUCUUUCCCUGGAAGUGUACUUUGUCUCUUGUUGUUUGUGGUAGACCUCCGGAGACCUCUUUGCCAUUUCAGACUUUUGCCUCUCGCUUCUCUGUGUGUCCUCGUGAAAACAGGGUCUCAGGUAUAAUCGAUUCCGCCAGACUACUGCGGUAGCUGCGGGAAUAAUAGCAUUCAGUGCAUAGGAAACAGAGAAUAGAGCCAUCCUAAUGUUAAAUUAUAUUGGAAGCAGCGCUGGAGUGUGCUGCAAAGGAUCAGAAUCAAACUACGACUUCCUGAUGACCUCAAUGCAGCAUCACUUUGCUUUUUGCUUUCACUUGCUUAAAUGCUUCUUGUGAUGAUUAUACAGGAUGUACGAGUGACCUAACCUGCUCUGACCAGCUGUGUGCAGUGCUAAAACAAGUAUCUUGCUUUUCAAAACAUAGUUAGAUGGAAAAUUAGUUGAGAUUAAUUAUGAAACUCUAAUUUCAAAUGCCUUGAUAUUAACAUUUAAUUGGCUCUUGAGCCAGUUUGUUGACCGUCAGUACACUGACAGGUUUUAAUUACAAACGCAGAAAAUGAAAGGCUUUCCACGCCUUGCUCACACUGUGGUCCAUCACGCUUGUAGUCUAAUUACUGUAGUUUAAUACAUGUGUCCCUUUAAGUUGUGCUGUUACGACAUCAUCAGCACAAAUGAGUUACUGUAAGAGUAUUUCUGGGGCUUUUAAAGUCCAGAUGUAACAGGCCGGUGCAGCUCAGCAGGCACCCGACUGGCUUUGCAGCCCCUUUAAAUGUGACAUGACAGGCAGCCAACUUUUACUUUGUGGGCUGCCAACCAAUUACCUACACAAUAACACCAUGUAUCCACUCAGAAGCAAUUAGUCCUUUCCACACUUUGACCAGUUGGAUAUUCAUUUUCAUGUUGACACAAAGUCCUGAUCGCCUUUAUUAUGCUUUUAACACUGCAGGCAUUUACUUGUUGAGUGGUUUAAAUGGAAGUUGCAGGUAUGGAUGCAAUUACAGUCACUCAGAGGUUUUAAGGGUCUCCCUAACCAUUUCUCUAAGCCAUGUCUUUUCAUAAUCUUGACGUGAAAAUAGCACAGAUAUGAGGUUGCAGACAAAACAUAAUCAAUUAAUGAGCACAAAAACCCUGUUGUUAAAUAGCGUGCCUGCUCCACAGUGUUGCUUUUGUUAAGACUUAGCGCAUUUAGCUCUCUUUGUUCAAAUGUGAUAAUAACGUGUGUCUGUGUACGCUUGUGUGUGUGUGUGUGUGUGUGUGUGUGUCUCUGUAUUAGUUUCACUGAACUCCACUUAACUGUCAAUCAGAUGUUUGCAUGGCCAGUCUCAGAGUAGAUUGCUGAGAGAAACAGAGGAGAUUUACAGGAUUUUUUUUUCCUAGGAUGCCUCAGCCUGAUGCUCCUCUUUCUCUUUUCUGAUGGGUGUAAGGAUCUUAGACCACCAAUUGUGAACUUGAGCUGGGUAAAACUUUUAACACUAAUAUGCUCCGAAAAAAAAUUCAAUCGCAACCACUCACUUGAGAGCAGGGGUGGCGGAUGGAGCAGGUUUUAAAUCAUGUGUUGGAUGUAGUGGACAGUAUGCUCUUUGCAGUAAGAAUGAUGAAAGGCCUUUUAUGCCCUGAGAUAGAUUUUAAUGAUUUCCCUUAGGGCCCCAGCUAAAUAGCUAUAAGUUAUGUGUUUGUGUCCUCUGUGUUUCCAUUUCUACUGGGCUUCUCUGCUUUUGGUUUGAGAAAAAAAAUGGCUAAGGGUUCAGUUAAAACCACAUUGCUUUAUAAAAUAUAACACUGAAGAGCUUGCAUGUGCAGUUUGUGUUGCUGUAACUCAGUGUCCAUGUAUAGUAAUCCUUGUCCUUUCUCUCUCAGUAGUAUAAGUCUGUGCAUGUUUACGUUAGGGAGCUUUUUGUUCUGCAUAAAGUUACGAAACAGAGGGUUGCUGUCCUUCUUACGGAGGAGGAAGAAGAAGAAAAAAAAAGUAACUGUCAAUUCGCUUUGCCUGCAAGUCAGCUUUGGGCAGUAUAGGUAACCAAAGAAAGAGAUCUUUAUUUAGGGUUGUAGUGGAAACCGAAAACAAACUUUAGAAGAAAAAAGGAAUGUGUCAUCUGCGUAUAGGAGGGUUGAGAUACUGCCAUUCAUAUCCCAUGUAGUGUUCCUCGAUGUUUGCCAAUACGUUACAAAACAUCUUCAGGUAACCAUUGGCCUUAUAGAUGUCCUCUAAUGGUAGAAUAUUGUAUGUAUUUCAAAAAUAACACCACAGAAUAGCUUAUCGUCUGUCUCAUAUGGUACAAGUAUUCCUAUUGUUAUGUCUGUUGUGUCUUUUUGGCACUUUAUUGUCCGACCUAUGAAUGCAUAGGUUAAAUUUCUAAUUACUUGAGUAAUGUCAUAUAUUUCUGUGUGUUCUAUGUGAGGUACUGCUGCCUAUGGAUAUAGAUAUGUGCCUCCAACAGCCCAUGACAUCCUUUGAUUUUAAAAAUAGAGAGUAGAUAUAUAACAAAUAUGUUUUAAAAAUUGG